AUGUUUCGUGCGCAAACUAUCAAGCAGUUGACAACUUCUAAUACUUCCUCAACCCCAAGUACAGAGGUUGUGCUGCCUUCCAGUUCAUAUCAAUUGCCUAUCCAAUCCGACAACUAUGUCAAUUACAUCACACGACGCAACACGUCUCAGGCGGCUCUUGGAAAAAUAACUCGAAAAAGGCUUUGCGGCAUCACCUUCUACUUUAGCCCAGACUACUUUCUAAUUUGCGUUCCCACGGCUAUCACCUUAUUGCUCGCGGGGUUUAACAUUGGAAUCUUAUGGAAUGACAUAGGUACUAUAGAAUUGAUCGUUCUGAUCAUAUUGUUGUGUAUUGCCUUUCUGACAUCUUUUAUCUUGACGUGCACUGAUCCCGGUGUAUAUCCGCGUCUAAAUCCUAAUGAGGAAGAUCCCCUUGACAAGGAGUUGUCAUUGGUCUAUUGUCGGGUUUGUGGCAUACGUCGUCCUCCACGUACCUCGCACUGCUAUGUGUGUGAUGUCUGUGUUUUAGAGCACGACCAUCACUGUAAAGUGAUUGGUUGUUGUGUUGGUAUCCGAAGCCUUCGUUGGUUUGCCCUUUAUUUGGGAUCGGUUGCACUGGCUUCAGUAAUUGGAUUAUUCUGGGUUAUCCGUUUUUUACUCGACAAUAUCAUUUUCCCACAUCAAGAAGACCAAUCGAUGACCCAUCCCUUAGCUUCGGGUGCGAAGGACGAGGCUAAAGGCAAUCAUAGUUUACAUAGUAAUUCAAAUGAUAAAUCAAAUCCAAUUAGCAUGGAUGGAGAACAUUUUGGGGCUAUUAUUUUAUUUGUCUUCAACAUUUCAUUGGUUAUGACACUGGGAGCUAUGGCCUUGUUGUAUUUAUAUUUAGUUUGUUCAUCUACAACUAGACGUGAAAUGCAGAGGAAGAAUUCGACAGGAACUGUCAAACACCGCUUUAAAUUAUUUUACAACCUUUUGCAUACUAUUUUCCCACCACCAUCGAUGCUAGAGAGCUAUAUACCAGGAAUUAGUGAUAAGACGUCAGUUUGCCUUGUAUAAUUUUCAUUUAUUUGAAUGUACAAUCAAACAUGCAGCAAUGAUAUUAGCUCUAAUUGCUAUUUCUAGGAUUGUAUAAACCUUACGCUGAGGAAAUUAUAUCUGUAGUUUCUGAAUAUUUCUUUAACAUCCCUUUUUGCUUUUUCCUUCCCUUUCGAUGGUAUUCCUACCUUUACUAAUAAAAUAUUUCCCCACAUUUUUUUGGGGGUAAAAUAUAUUGUCAAGUUAUGACAAACCUGAUUUUUAUUUAAUAAUAAUAAUAAUCAGCACAGGAAGUGACCUACAUAUGAUGUUAUAAUAGUCUAAAACCUUUCCUUAUGUUGUUUUUUUCUAUUGGUUAUGAAUAGGAUGCUCUGGAAAAGAAUAUCAGCAAAAAUGAGGCAUCCGGAUUUACUUAAUGAAAGUGCUUCAUAGCUGCUGCUAUAGGAUAUGAGAUGACUGUAACGAUGAGGGUGUGUUUAGAUGAUAUAUGGAUGCAGUUCAAUGAUUUCACAUUGUGGUGCGACGUCUAAAAAAUUCAAAGAUAACUGAAUGGACAUUAUGAGUUGUGUUCUACGCAAACAGUAUUCACAGAUUUCAAUUCAAACUGAGUCCUUUUCUGAUUAUGAAUAAAAAAGCAGACAGUUGGAACAUUCCGAUUUAAUUGCAAGUUGUCUAUAACUGAUAAUUACAGCGCACGUUUUUACUUUCUAUAGCCCUUGUCAUGAUUUUUAUGGUGAUGCAAACCAUGCGGAACAUGUAUAUAUUGGCUUCGUUACUUCAUAAAGAUUGUAUCAUUAUGUAUUCCUCCCAAGGGUGCUCUGAGUUUUCAAACGAUCAAGGCUGCCACUUGAUAUUUAUCGCUUGAAAUGAAAACAUAUUUUAAAUGAAAUUUUAUUUUUAAAGUACGUUCUAUAUUAUUAAGGAAGUGGAUAUUAUUCUUUUUCAUAUACUAUGAACAUUUAAUGAGGAAAAAGAUUCACUUGAUAAAUAAAUAUAUAUAUAUAGUGAGUAAAAAUUUUUUUGACUUCUAAACUUUCAUUAUUUUCAUCCGCCAUACUGAUUCUCGCUUUUUAGUAAUUUCUAUUAUGAUGUACACAUAAUGUGUGUAUCCGGUCCUGUGGCUUGUAAAAGUGCUCUGGUAUCCUUUCAUU